GGUGGUUGGUUGUGGGCUUAUUUAUUUUUUCCCCUUUUCUGGAUGUAAAGAAUCCUUCAAGAACUUCCACUAUUUUAUAGGGCCUCUGUGAGAGAGACAGAGAGAGAGAGAGGCCAUUUUCUUGAAGGAGGAACAGAAAAGAUUGAAGCUUUGGUGGGUUUAAUUUAUGGGGUCUUCUUGCAGUGCCAGGAUUAAGGCAGAGAGUCCCCUUCAUGCUGGGGCAGGUGGUUUAAGUAACAGGCUUUCAUCGCCCUCGGUGCCAUUGACCCCUCGGAGUGAGAGUGAAAUUUUGGAGUCGUCGAAUCUCAAGGGUUUCACUUUUAAUGAACUCAGAAUAGCCACUCGAAACUUCCGGCCCGAUAGUGUGUUGGGUGAAGGCGGUUUUGGUUGCGUCUUUAAGGGAUGGGUUGACGAGAACACCUUUAAGGCAGCUAGGCCCGGUACUGGGUUGGUUAUUGCUGCAAAGAGACUGAAUCAAGAAGGUUUCCAAGGUCAUAAGGAAUGGCUGGCAGAAAUCACUUAUCUGGGGCAGCUAUCUCAUCCUAAUCUCGUAAAAUUGAUUGGCUACUGCUUGGAGGAUGAACACAGGCUUCUGGUGUAUGAAUUCAUGCCUCGUGGAAGUUUGGAAAAUCAUCUAUUCAGAAGGAGUUCUUACUUUCAACCACUAUCUUGGAAUCUUAGAAUGAAGGUCGCCCUCGGUGCAGCCAAGGGACUUGCGUACCUUCACAGUCCAGAAGCUAAAGUUAUAUAUCGGGAUUUCAAAUCAUCGAACAUUUUGCUUGAUUCUAAUUACAACGCAAAGCUUUCUGAUUUUGGAUUGGCUAAGGACGGGCCGAUUGAUGGAAAGAGUCACGUCUCGACAAGAGUGAUGGGUACAUACGGCUAUGCAGCUCCAGAGUACAUGGCCACAGGCCAUUUAACGACUAGAAGCGACGUGUACAGUUUUGGGGUUGUGCUUCUUGAAAUGCUGACAGGGCGUCGGGCAGUGGACAAAAACCGCCCAAAUGGGGAGCAGAACCUCAUCGAAUGGGCCAAGCCUUACCUCGCGAGCAAGCGGAGAAUCCUGAGAGUAAUGGAUCCACGCAUAGAAGGGCAGUACUCGUUGAGCGGGGCACUAAGGGCAGCACUUCUAGCUGUUAAAUGUCUAUCGAUCGAGCCGAAAUACAGGCCGAACAUGAUUGAAGUGGUGAAGGAACUGGAACAACUUCAGGACUUGAAAGACACAGCAAACCAGAAAAACGAAGCUUCACGGAGGCACCACAACCGAUCCUGCAGUGCCAACGAAGAGGCCUCGAGAAGAAGAGUGGCGUCUUAUCCAAGACCACCCGCUUCUCCCCGCCUUGCCGCCUGACCGGGCGGGGGAAGGGAAGGAAACCACUCUCCAUGUACGUACUACCUCGAGCAAAAAUAAAAACGAAGAAACGAGCCUUGUCGGGUUGUGCAGCUCCUAUUUUGGGUUGGUGGAAAAUCUGUAGUUUGAUGUUUUCUUCAUGCAUAAAGUUAGAUAUGAGAUGUGUAUGAAAGCAAUUGCCAGAGGGAUGCAAUCUUCUUUUGUCAUGCUUGUAUGUCUAUGAGAAGUUAGAAUCUUUGUCCCAGUUAUGAACAUGUGAAUUAUGAGAAAUGUACAUAUACAUCAUUC